ACGAAAAGUGAAAUAAGUAACACACUUGACACAGACGGGAUCAGUCGAGUCUCGCUAGCCAGUCAUCGCACCGUAGUUAUUUGCAAAAGCUGCUUCGUUUAGUUUUCGUUUGCCGUCGUCUUGUGCCAUUAUAUCAUAGUAUAUAUAUUAGUUGAUUUUAGUGGCCUUUAAGUGUUUCUGUUUAAGCCGCUCAGUUGACCGAUUCCACGUUGUGCUCCAUUUUAAUCCAAUAAAUUGUUUUAUCUUGUUAUUGAUUGGUGGUUAAAGAAAAUAGAAAACGGGGUGCUUAUACUACUAGUACGUAGUGCUACUGUAAGUUCCAGCAACACUAGCUAAGUGAUAUGGAUAUUAUGUCGAAGCCAAAGGUGCUUAUACUGGGAGGAUGCGGUUUUAUCGGACGCCAUCUGGUGGACUAUUUGGUAACACACGAUUUAGCAGCAAAGAUCAAAAUAGUAGAUAAAACACCUCCGCAGAUGGCCUGGUUAAACAAUCGGCAUUCGGAGGCAUUUUCCAGUGAACGAGUAGAGUAUUGCAGUGCCAACCUAAUAAAUGCUGGCUCUUGCCAGAAUGCCUUCAGAACAGACGAUCCUGACGGCUGGGAUUACGUGAUUAAUUGUGCUGCCGAGACAAAACCGGGUCAAACUGAUCCCGUCUAUCAGGAGGGUAUACUUAAGCUGACGAUAAACUGUGCUAAUGAGGCUGUGAAGUAUCGUGUAAAACGGUUUGUGGAACUGAGUUCGGGAAGCAUGUUCUCCAGCGAGAAGAUUCCCCAGAAGGAAGACUGUCCCGUGGAACCUUGGACGAUGGUGGGCAAAUACAAGGCACUGGUAGAACAAGAAUUGAACAAGAUUGAAUCAUUAAAAUUUACCAUCCUAAGACUACCGAUUUGUUACGGUACAGGAGAUAGAAAAGGUCUAACACCACGUAUCAUAAUCGCUGGGAUAUACAAAUACCUCAACGAAACAAUGAAACUCCUUUGGACAGGCUCAAUGAAGAUGAACGUAGUCCACGUUGAGGACGUAUGCAAUGCCUUAUGGGAUCUAGUUCAGAAUGAGCAAGCUAUCGGUGAAACAAUCAAUAUUUGUGAUGAUAGUGAGGCAACACAGGACACAAUAAGUGACCUUCUUUCGGAUAUUUUCGGUAUUAAGACGGACUACUGGGGCAUCGUGAUGUCCAGUAUGACCAAGAUAGAUAUGGCCGGGGCAAUUGAGGAGAUCAACGACAAACACCUCGGUCCGUGGGCUGAACUGUGCCAGAAGGACGGUGUGCUAAACUCUCCUCUCACACCCUACAUGGAUCAGGAACUGUUGCUACACAAACAUCUCAAUAUGGACAAUGGUAAAUUAAAGAGCUUUGGCUAUCAGUUAAAACAUCCUACGAUCAAUAGGGGACAUUUGGAGGAAAUAAUUAAAGAUUUUGCUACAAUGAAUCAUUUCCCCAGAUCACUUAUUGAGAUCUAGUAUUUUUCCUAGUAUUGACAACUCAAUUGCUCAAUUGUGUGUGGAACAACGAUGUGAUAUAGCAUUUGCAAUUUGAUAAUAUGAUACUAAAUUUAACAUCAAAGCAUGAUAUAUAGCGUGGGGGUUCAAAAAUACAAGUAUUGUGAGUAAUUUGUUCGAAAGAUUUGUUUUGGGUUCCUAGUAACUGCAUAGCCAUAUUAAGUUUUUAGGUUUCUUUUAAACUGCAGUUUGACACUUGCCACAAGCUGCGUAAUUAGUAUGGUCAGUUUAUCAAACAGACCAUUAAAAAUGAUCGCUUUAUUAAUACCUCUAGUUGGAAAAAUAGCGGCUAUGUCAUGGUUUUAAAUUUAUUUAAUGUUUUCAGUGUUAUCAAUUUUGAACAUAUCCGAUUAUUUACAGCCGCGAGAGCCAUUUCUAUUUCCUUUAACAUGUAUGGAAAGCUCUUAGUUUUGGCAUACAGGAUGUCAAAAAAAAAUAGUUAAUUGAUUUAUUUUUUUGAAUAUGCACUUUAAUUCGAUUUUUCUACUCAAAACAUACGUUAUACUAUUCCUAAGUUAUGUAAUAAAAAAUAUUGUACUUAAAAUAUUCGCUAUUUUUUGGAAAUGGCUGCUCAAUCACCCAUAUUGUCGAACGGAAGACUACUUCCUAGAUCAUUUUGAUCGAAUCGGAUUUUCGUUGCCAUUGAUAUUUUUUAUAGCAUCUAAAGCAGUACUUAGAAUGGUUGAUAUUACAAGGGGACCUAAAACGAUUCUUUUGAAUGCUUUUUCAACAAAAAUCUAGACCUGAACCACCCCAACGCGAACUGGGGAGAGAAAAUUAGCACUUACUUGUUAGGUAUUCAUUCUUGGCUUCGAAUCGUAUAGUGAUCAACCGUAUUCCUUAAAGGUAAUUAGCAUGUAAAACAAGUACUUCAAAAGUGUAGACAAUGUGCCUAAACACUAGCAAAUAAACGAGCAACUAUCAAAUAA